AUAACCCUAACAAACAAUAUACGAUUAUUCGAUGCACAACACGCAUUUUUUUCAGUAGUCUAAUAACAGUGAUUUCAAUUUGCAUUUAGCGUCAGGAAAUACCCAUCAAAACAAGCUGUGAUACGAAUUCAACAUCAUCAUAGUCGAUUUUGAUUGUGUUCUUCAGUUGUAAAAAUAUUCAAAAUGAGUGAUAAACCAAAGGCCGGUGGAAGUGGAAAUCAAGGUGAAAACAAGGAAAAACGGCGGAAGGAAUCGAUUUUGGAUCUCAGCAAGUAUCUGGAAAAGACGAUUCGUGUGAAAUUUGCCGGUGGCCGUGAAGCAAGUGGCGUUCUUAAGGGCUAUGAUCCACUGUUGAAUUUAGUUUUGGACAACACACAAGAAUAUUUGCGCGACACUGAAGAACCGUACAAAAUGUGCGACGACACACGUAGUUUGGGUUUGGUUGUAUGCCGUGGCACAUCGGUCGUGUUGAUUUGUCCGCAAGAUGGAAUGGAAUCUAUUCAAAAUCCGUUUAUCACACAAGACGCGUAGGCUAAUAACCGUUUGAAGUAAAAACACACUCUCCAUUUUGUUAAGAAAUGAAAAGAAAAAAUGAAAAUUUAAUAAAUAAAUCAACUUUUAAAUAAACUUAAUUGUGUUAAAUUAAGGAA